GAACUGUUUGCCCAGGCUGGCUUUGAACUGUGAGCCUCCUGACCUCUGCCUCCUAAGUGGUUAGGAUUACAGGCAUGAGCCACUGGCACCUGGAAUCCAUUAUUCCAUCUUAAAAAAGCAGUAGUUCAAGAAGAAGGCUGAAAGCUCACAAAGAGACCUGUGCUCUGUGCUAGUCAGGGACAUGUGACCAAAGGCCAGUGAAAUGAGUCAAGUAGGGUAGAGGGAGUGGACAGGAGGAGAAAGGGACAGAUAGAUAGCAGGGCAGUCAGAGGAAAGGUAAACUAAAUUUAGAUCCUGGAUUAGGAGGGCAGAGAAUGGUGAGGGAGGGCUGUGUUACAUUAGACUGAAGCAGCCAUCAAAGCAUGGGAGUGAGAUUUAAGUUAGGAUUCCGAGGUACACACUUGGAAUGGAACAGUGUAGUUUUAGUUGCCUAGAAGAACCACUGAAGCUUCAUUUUAUAAAUCAGAGAGUAGAAGGGAGAAUUUUGUUUCUGCUAGUACCACAAGAAUAUGGAAGUAGUAAGAAACAAGUUUAGGAUAAAGGGAAAUUUGUCUUGCUGGUUGUAGAGGAGGAAAGGAAACUAAGGCUUUUGUACCAUUGUGUGCUGAACUUUUCCUUGUUAGUACACAUACAUUGUUUGAUGUAGUUCUUGUAAUGUCCUAUAUGGUAUUUCUUUUCCUUUUUUUGAAAUAGUCUCCCUGUUAGCUCAGGAUUACCUACAACUCACAAUCCUCUUGCCUCAGCCUCCUGAGAAUUAAGAAUACAGGUGGUACUAUAAUGCCUGGCUUAUUUAUAUUACUUACUUCCACUUACAAAUGAGAACACUGAAAGUUGGAGAUGAGUAAUACGCUCAGAGCCACAUAACUAAACUGGAUUUAGCUUUUGAACAUAACAAUGAUCUCAGUUCUUUCCACUGGAUAUGUAAAUUCAUGAGUUUCUACCAGCUUCUUUUCUCAGGCUACUGCUGUUUGACGAUCUUUUUCUGUUCUGUACACGUCAUACAUGAUCCAGAGCUAUACUGCCACUCUUCUCUUUGCAAAACUCUUGACUUUGUGCUUUGAAGGAAUUGCUGUUUUUUAAGUGAAAGUAAUCAAAUUACUCUUUUAUUUCAGUAAAUCAGAUCACAUAGGAAAGAUUCUCAGGGACAUAUUUGUGGGGUUUUGGUAAUAUUUUGAACCUACAAAAUAGGUCCCCCCCUCUUUCUUUUUUGAAACAGAGUCUUACCAUCUUCUCUAGGCCGAUCUCAAACUCUUAGGUUCAAGCAUUCCUCCUGCCUCAGCCUCCUGAGUACUAAGUGCUAGGACUACAGAUGUGUACCAUCACACUCAGCUAGAAUAUAGUUUUUGAAGGCAUAGAUUUUGAAGACUUCCAUCUGAUAAACUGGGGGUAGACUGCUAUGAAGUGUGUUUGGGAGUCUGUUCUUAAUAUCUGCUAUCAGUAACAUUUUAUUGAAAUUCCAAAGUUUGUAUUGUAUAAUACUGUUCUGAAAUUUUACUUGUUAAAUUAGAAUGAAGCAUUGAAGUAACACCUUAAUUAUUUUACACAUUCUGUUUUCUUAAUACCUGAUUGGCUGUAUUAUAUUGAUAGUGACAGGUAAUUGAACUGUAUUGCUUGAACUUGGCAACAAUACAUUUUUGCAGCAAAGAUACACAAUAAAGCUUACCCUAAACUGGUAAAAGCAAGUUAGUGUAAUGUGGUGUUUUAGCAUUUUAAGAGGUACUGUGGACCAUGACACUUUGAACUUGGAAGGAAGUGCUUUCCAUUGAUUUCCUAUUUUCCCUCUCAUAUCCUCAUCGUGCCACUAAGUGGCUAUGAACUGUGUUGUGGGUGAUUAACUGAUCUGUCCUGUAAGAGUUAGGAUUUACCUCUGACAUGGUUAUACUUUAGCAGUGAUUUGGGCUUUUUACGUUUUAACUUUGAUUUUUGUCUGCUUUUAAAGUGUUUGAUUACAGUCUCCAUAUAGUUAUUGAGUGAUAUCUUUAAGAUACUUUCCCUGAUUGCUUUUUAUACAGGACCUGUGCAUUCUAGGAGAGGUCUAUGUGCUACCUGAGGGUCUGUUGAUUUGAUUGUAAAUGCAUCACCAAGAGGCAGCCCAGCAUGAAGAAAGCAAGCAGAAGUGUUGGCUCGGUGCCUAAGGUGUCUGGGACAAGUAAAACACAAGCAAUAGAAAAAAAUAAGCCUGAAAACAGCUCUUCAGCAUCUACAGGAGGCAAACUGGUAAAACCUGGAACAGCAGCAUCAUUGUCAAAGACCAAGAGCAGUGAUGACCUUUUAGCUGGAAUGGCUGGAGGGGUAACAGUGACUAAUGGUGUUAAAGGAAAGAAAAGCACCUGCCCGUCUGUAGCACCUUCAGCAUCUGUCCCUGCCAUGACCACUGUGGAGAACAAAUCUAAGAUUAGCACAGGCACAAGUUCAUCAACCAAGCGGAGCACUUCUGCAGGUAAUAAAGAAUCCAGUUCUACUAGAGAAAGAUUACGUGAACGCACCCGACUAAACCAGAGCAAAAAACUACCUUCUGCAGGCCCGGGAGUUAAUGACGUGGUAUUGGCUAAGCGUUCCCGAAGUCGCACUGCUACAGAAUGUGAUGUUCGUAUGAGCAAGUCUAAAUCAGACAAUCAGAUCAGUGACAAAGCUGCUUUGGAAGCCAAAGUGAAAGACCUCCUCACACUGGCAAAAACCAAAGAUGUGGAAAUUUUGCAUUUGAGAAAUGAACUCCGAGACAUGCGUGCUCAGCUGGGCAUUAACGAAGAUCACGCUGAGGGUGAUGAAAAGUCUGAGGAGAAGGAAACCAUUGCCGUUCACCAACCAACUGAUGUUGAGUCCACUUUAUUGCAGCUGCAGGAACAGAAUACUGCCAUCCGUGAAGAACUCAACCAGCUGAAAAAUGAAAACAGAAUGUUAAAGGACAGGUUGAACGCAUUGGGCUUUUCCUUGGAACAGAGGUUGGACAAUUCUGAAAAACUGUUUGGCUAUCAGUCCCUGAGCCCAGAAAUUGCCCCUGGUAACCAAAGUGAUGGAGGAGGAACUCUGACUUCUUCAGUGGAGGGCUCUGCCCCUGGCUCAGUAGAGGAUCUCUUAAGUCAGGAUGAAAAUACACUCAUGGACCACCAGCACAGUAACUCUAUGGAUAACCUAGACAGCGAGUGCAGUGAGGUAUACCAGCCCCUCACGUCCAGUGAUGAUGCCCUAGAUGCACCAUCAUCUUCUGAGUCAGAGGGCAUCCCAAGCAUAGAGCGCUCUCGCAAGGGGAGCAGUGGGAAUGCAAGUGAAGUGUCUGUGGCUUGCUUGACAGAACGGAUUCACCAGAUGGAAGAGAACCAGCACAGCACAAGUGAGGAACUUCAGGCAACCCUGCAAGAGCUAGCUGAUUUACAGCAGAUUACCCAAGAACUGAACAGUGAAAAUGAAAGGCUUGGAGAGGAGAAAGUCAUUCUUAUGGAGUCCUUGUGUCAGCAAAGUGAUAAGUUGGAACACUUUAGUCAACAGAUUGAAUAUUUCCGUUCCCUUCUAGAUGAACAUCAUAUUUCUUAUGUCAUAGAUGAAGAUGUAAAAAGUGGACGCUACAUGGAAUUAGAACAACGGUACAUGGACUUAGCUGAGAAUGCCCGUUUUGAGCGAGAGCAGCUUCUUGGUGUCCAGCAGCACUUAAGCAAUACUUUGAAAAUGGCAGAACAAGACAACAAGGAAGCUCAGGAAAUGAUAGGUGCGCUCAAAGAACGCAGUCACCACAUGGAGCGAAUCAUUGAGUCUGAGCAGAAGGGCAAAGCAGCCCUGGCAGCCACGUUGGAAGAGUACAAAGCCACGGUGGCCAGUGACCAGAUAGAGUUGAAUCGCUUGAAGUCCCAGCUGGAGAAUGAAAAGCAGAAAGUGGCCGAACUAUAUUCUAUCCAUAACUCUGGAGACAAAUCUGAUAUUCAGGAUCUCCUGGAGAGUGUUAGGCUGGACAAAGAAAAAGCAGAGACUUUGGCUAGUAGCCUGCAGGAAGAUCUGGCUCAUACCCGAAAUGAUGCCAAUCGAUUGCAGGACACCAUUGCUAAGGUGGAAGAUGAAUACCGAGCUUUCCAAGAAGAAGCUAAGAAACAAAUUGAAGAUUUGAAUAUGACAUUAGAAAAAUUAAGAUCAGAGUUGGAGGAAAAAGAGACAGAAAGGAGUGACAUGAAAGAAACCAUCUUUGAACUUGAAGACGAAGUGGAACAACAUCGAGCUGUGAAACUUCAUGACAACCUCAUCAUUUCUGAUUUAGAGAAUACAGUUAAAAAACUCCAGGACCAAAAGCAUGACAUGGAAAGAGAAAUCAAGACACUACAUAGGAGACUUCGGGAAGAAUCUGCAGAAUGGCGGCAGUUUCAAGCUGAUCUACAGACUGCAGUAGUCAUUGCAAAUGACAUUAAAUCUGAAGCCCAAGAGGAAAUUGGUGAUCUGAAGCGCCGGUUACAUGAGGCCCAAGAAAAAAAUGAGAAACUCACAAAAGAAUUGGAGGAAGUAAAGUCACGCAAGCAAGAGGAGGAGAGAGGCCGUGUAUACAACUAUAUGAAUGCAGUUGAGAGAGAUUUGGCAGCUUUAAGGCAAGGGAUGGGACUGAGUAGAAGGUCUUCUACAUCCUCAGAGCCAACUCCUACUGUAAAAACCCUCAUCAAGUCCUUCGACAGUGCAUCUCAAGUACCAAAUCCUACUUCAGCUGCGAUUCCUCGAACGCCUCUGAGUCCAAGUCCUAUGAAAACCCCUCCUGCAGCAGCUGUAUCCCCCAUGCAGAGACAUUCCAUAAGUGGACCAAUCUCAACAUCCAAGCCCCUGACAGCCUUGUCAGAUAAGAGACCAAACUAUGGUGAAAUCCCUGUUCAAGAGCAUCUAUUAAGAACAUCUUCAACCAGUCGACCUGCUUCUCUACCAAGAGUUCCUGCCAUGGAAAGUGCCAAGACCAUCUCAGUGUCUCGGCGAAGUAGUGAAGAAAUGAAACGGGACAUCUCUGCUCCAGAGGGAGCAUCACCAGCCUCUCUUAUGGCUAUGGGAACCACGUCGCCACAGCUCUCCCUGUCGUCCUCUCCAACAGCAUCAGUGACGCCCACCACGCGGAGCCGGAUAAGAGAGGAAAGGAAGGACCCUCUCUCAGCAUUGGCAAGAGAAUAUGGAGGAUCAAAGAGGAAUGCCUUGUUGAAGUGGUGUCAGAAAAAAACAGAAGGCUACCAGAAUAUUGACAUCACAAACUUCAGCAGCAGUUGGAAUGAUGGUCUGGCUUUCUGUGCACUCCUGCACACAUAUCUUCCAGCCCACAUUCCAUAUCAAGAACUGAACAGCCAAGAUAAGAAAAGGAACUUCACACUGGCCUUCCAGGCAGCUGAAAGUGUCGGCAUCAAAUCCACCCUGGACAUUAAUGAAAUGGCUCGGACCGAGAGGCCGGAUUGGCAAAAUGUGAUGCUGUACGUGACGGCCAUCUACAAGUACUUUGAAACCUGAGCGCACUGGAGGAGCUACCACUAACUGGGGACCUCUGUGGUCACCAAGAGACACCAGUGCCCUUAGCUGUUUAUCCCUAAAGCUUUCAGUGACUCUGGGUUGCUCUGCAGCAUGGGAGCCUCAGCCUGGGGCCUCUGCAUUGGGAGAACUCCGGCCAUGUGGCCUGCAUCACAGACCAGGGCUCCUCCGUGUGUCCCAUCCACCCAGAAUGUGUGGCUGUAGCUCGCAACUGGCCUCCUUCUGAAGAGAGUGUCAAACUCCAUUAGUGCCCUGGGGAUAAAAUCAAAAAGGCUGCUGCCCAGCAACACUUGGGAAAUUGGAUUAAAUUAUGGGGUCCCAGGGAUUGGUGAAAGCUUUAGCCACAGCUUCUCAGCUGUCACUACGUGGGUCCCCUUGCUGGUGAGGAGGAAAUUGGGUGCCUGGUAGGUAUCUGCUUCCACACUGGGGUGAAGCUGGCCUUGGCCCAUUACAUGCCACAACAGAAGUGAGACAGUCAACCUUUCCAUGUACAGGGCUGUCCUGGCCUCUGCAGUUUAGGAGUUUCAGCUUGAGUCAAGAGAGUAUCGAGACCCUGGCUUGUAGGCCUGCAGCUGGGUGGUUCCACUCUGCAACCAGCUUCUGUCAGCAGGCAGGGCCCUCGCCUGGUGCUUGGCCACCUGUCUCUAGCCCCAGAAAGACUGGUCACAAAGAGUUUCACUAGUUAAAUUUUGUUUUAUUUUAAGUAAUAUUUGGAAAAAAUAGCUCCUGUUCUAUUAGUACCAAAGUUAAAUUGUUUUAAUAGGCAUAGGAAUAAAACAAAAUCUGAUGUUACUAUGAUACAGCAAGGAUCUAUAAAGUAGAAAGUAGCUGGAGGAAAAGGACAAGCUGUAAGGAACCAGAGUCAGUCAGUCACAACUUGGUUGUUGAGAUAUACUCCUCCUCGGCAGGAAUUAAGAUAAUGCCUUAGUUCUCAUGUCAGGAUGGUCACCCUCCAUGCUGUGCCUGCCCUCCACAGGUGCUGGGCCUGCUCAAAGCCGUGCUUGUAGGUGGUUUGUUGAUGGCUUUCAGGCUGAGAUUAAAAAUGGUUUGGGGAGCAGAGAGCCUGUGUCAUAUGUGUCCCUGGCACAUUAUCUGUUGUUCAAACAGUGUCAAGAUCUGUAUAAUGUUUGGUACCUGUAUGCUACUGUGAGGAAGACUGGCCACCAGUGGAAGCAGAUUCAUAGCUCCACCAACCAGAUGGAUGCAGAGUGGAGGCUCCCAGGAGACCCACAAAGUCCAAACAUGGGCUAAGAAUUUUCAUCCAAUCAUCAUGUUUUAGACUGGGGUCUGACACAUCUGCAGAGCCUAGAAAAGGAAGUGAUUAUUAGGAAGUAGGCUGUGCCAUGUACGUGAGACUGUGACACGUGGUUAGCAAGUGACUGGUUGCUGGCCAUCCACCCUGCCUAAAUGUCCUAACCUGGCAGCUAAGGCUGCCCUUGACUCGGCGGGGCUCUUGGUGAAUGCCCAUUUUCAGCUAAAGGAAGGCCAGAUGGGCAGCAACAAGCUUAGGAGAACACCAGGAGGCCCCUGAUGCCCCUCUUGCAUGCCAGGCAGGUCCUCUCUGGCCAAGUUCUGAUCUUGUCCUAUUGCUCUGCUUGCAGUUGGCGAUCAGCCAUGCUGGCUGUUUGUGUGAAGAUCAUGGUUUCCAAAUGUCAUUACUUAAUUUUUUUGAGCUCCCACCUCUUGCUUCCAUUUGACAUCAGGGAGGCUGGUUAUGUUUUUGUGUAUUUAUUAUGUCAUGGGGAGUAGUAGAAGGGGGUUGUCCUAAGCCUGCAGUUCAUUUCUUUGUUCCUUGCUGGCCAUGUGGGCCCAGCCCUGGCAGCUCAUGCUGGAGGGGAGAGAGGGGUGGCUGCAGUCCCUGCAGUUUCCUGGAAGGUUUUUGAAGAAGGAGCUACAAUGGUCUGUGUCCCCAUCAAUGGCAUUUCUGUUCUGGAAUUGAGGGCCCAACAUAGAACUGGGGACAGCAGCAGGGGUAGAGGGUGGGCUUGGAGAGGGCUAUCCUGGCCGUGCUUGUCUGGAGUCCACCCUUGACUCCAUUCCCAGUAGGGUUCAGGCCGUUCACAUUUGCAUGAGGGUCCACAGGUUUGAAGACUCCAGAGCAUCACUUCCUGCCCUUUAUAAUAGGACCCCACAGUGCUGUCUGCUCUGCGGGCCUGUCAAGGCCAUACAUGUUUAAUAGUGAUAUUUGGAGGUGCUCUUGUUCCCGGGGUGCCUACUGUGAAGCCUCCAGGAAUCAUUUCUGCCUCUUCCUUCAAGCACAAGCUUUACUGCAAAAGGGCCAGUUACCUUUCUGUUUCUCUGGAUCACAGGCUUCUGCUGA